CUCUCUCUCAGGGGCGAGUGAGGACCACCGGAGGACAAGGUCGAUUGCCACACAAGAGAGGGGACUGCUGAGCGACGCAACCAUUCCCCCACCGGGCUGUAAAACUUGUGUUGUGUGAACGCCCGACCGCGAAAGUCGCUCGCUUGCUUCCACGCGCCCCUUAUCCCAAAAACAACGAGACGAAAGCCCAAAAAAGCGACGAGCAGAGGACAACAUGGCACAGCAACCCCCAUCCACCACCGCCGGCUUCUACGACGAGCACCAGCAACAGCCAUCGCCACAGCAGAGUGUCACGCAGCAACAGCACCAGCAGCACCAGCAGCAGCAGCAGCAGCAGCAGCAGCAGGCGCAUGAGCACGCACGAUUGCAAGCGACAAAGUUUGAGGUACCGGUCGGCUUCCCAGUUCACCCAGGGGCGUACUACUACGCGCCAGUACAUCCGGACCAAUUACAACAACAUCAGCAGCACUUCGCUGCACAGCAUCAGCAACUACAUCCCCAGCAUCCUAUCUUUGUCGCCAACCCACACAUGCAGCAGCCUCCCCCAACGGGAGAUCGGUCACCCCACCUACAACAAUUACAGCAGCAUUCGCAACCAAUACAACACCAGCAACAACAACAACAACAACAAGAACCGCAACAACCGCAACAAACACAAAAAAUGGACACCAGUUCCCCAGAACAACGACACGAUUCGUCAAUGUCGCCCAUGCAGGAAGAGGGCCAACCCCAGCACAUGCAGCAGCCGGCCGGUCCGCUGCUCCCAAUAGCUGCGGAGCCGACUCUACUUCCCAUUUCAGCCGUUAUACCAAUGGGUUACGCUGGCCCGAACGGGAUGAUAGCACCACAUCAGCUUCUAGCCGUGUCGGGUUCAUCUCCACAAUACCGACGAGCAUCGUUACCGAACCCGACGACAUGGGACAAUAUGUCUUUGCAGCGACCCAUCAUGACAGUCCCGUCGCAAAAUGGAAUCCCAUACCCUACUUCUACUGCGGGUCCCACGCGCGGGCGUCGCCCAUCCGAUGCUUCUUCGGCAACGGCGCCGCAGUCUCGCCCGAGAUCGUAUAGCGAUGUGUCUACGGGAGGAGAUGGAAGCAAAGAGGAUGCAUUGCAAUUGAAGCGAUUGCGCAAUACAGAAGCAGGUAGGGCUGAAUCAAUGAGGAGGUAUCUUCUCGCUUUUCUUGCUUCCAAACGGGUGAUUAACCGAACGUCUCUGUUCCCUUUCGUUUUCAGCCCGUCGUUCGCGCCUUCGGCGUCUUGCCCACAUCGAUCAGCUUGAAGCACGCAUCAAAGAGCUGGAGGCAGAAAACCACCGACUCAUUCUGCGCGUCGCGAGUCUAGAGACUGAACGCGUCCAACAUGAAACGCGUC